CAUGUUCACUGGACCCAACCUGAACCUGAGCAAAGUGGAACGCAGGCAGAUGGGCGCGUACCUCUGCAUCGCUUCCAACGACGUGCCGCCCUCUGUCAGCAAGAGGAUCAUGCUCAAUGUUAACUUUCCGCCAUCAAUUUUGGUUGCGACACAGCUGAUAGGUGUUCCAAGCGGAACACAGGCCAAGUUAGAGUGCUUUGUAGAAGCAUAUCCUCAACCUAUCACAUAUUGGCUGAAAGAUGGAGAGCAGAUGAUUUUGUCAAGUGGCAAGCUCGACAUAUCCGAAGACAGAAUCUCUCAGUACCAACUCCGUACUAUACUCACUAUAAAUAGCUUCACUUCUGAAGACAGACCGGGGACAUACACCUGCGUGUCUGCUAAUACUAUGGGGAAAGCAGAAGGACAUUUAAGAGUAUAUGAAAUAAAAAUAACGACUACGACAACAACGACAACCACUACGACUACAACGACCACAACGACAACAACGACGCCACCACCGACUACCACAGAACCGCCGCCACGUUACGUUGUUCCACUCCAACCAGCUGAGCAAAAGUUUUACACGCCAGAUGUGACUACGUACGAUACAAUGCAAAAUGUUAUCGAGCAGUCUGUGCUGGACAAUAACUGGCUACCUACAGCGGACUCAACAGGUUCCAGAGGCCAAGCCUUGUCCCUUCCGUUUCUCGCUAUCAUCUCACUGCUACCACAGUUAAGUAACAUAAUAAAUUUUAGCUCUAAUAUAUUACAUUCAAUUAAUUAUAGGAAUAAAAUAAUAAAAUUUAUCGUCCAUUGUGCAAGAUGAUAAGUUAUAAAAGCUUUUUAAAAAUCUGUCAAUUUAAAUUACUUUAAGAUGUUUAUUUGCUAUGAGUAAAUUAGAAAACUUUCCAAGUAGAGGCGUCAAGUUGAAUGCUAAGUCGGCUACUUGAUAUUACCGUUGUUCAUAUUUUGCAUAAAAUCAUUGUGUACCGUCUAAGUUUAUAGCUGUACAAAUGUAUUUCAUUAUAAUAUUUUUAACUUUUAUUACCUGUAUAUCAAAAUCUAAAGGUUUGCGCUGUCGUACAUGAAUAUUUAUGAAAGAAACAAUUAGAAUAUUGUUGCAUAUUCCGCCAAGACUAAUUCAUAAAAGGUUCUCACGUUAGAAUUUGAAUUAAAGGCAACACUUAUUCCUAAUAUUUGUGUGGCUAUUUUGGCAGGCUGUCCGACGUCGUAAAUCUUGAGGAAAUAAUGAAGUACUUUUUCAUUCGGACCUAACGCCUCUGUUUGUGAAGGUUCUUAGGCAAUAAAAAUGAUUAAUUUCACUCGCGCAAUCUGUAACGAGCCAACUUCGCUAGCUUGUUCGAGUGAAACAUAAGUCUGUUAGUUUGUAUUGUCAUCAAAAUGGCGAUAUCACUGGAUUACUAAUAUUCCAAAGGCAUUAAUUUAUUUUUAGUCAUAAGGGUGUAUAAAAUAACUUCUUGUAAAUAGACAUUGCUGGUUUAGCAUAAGUUGUAGCGCAAAGGUCUCAUGAAUUUAGUGAUAAAAUGCCAAAGGUUUCUGAAUAUGGUAUUACCGAUUGGUGCAAAUAAUUGGAGUGUCCUUUUGUACAGAAUAGUUAAUUUAAGAAUAUUUCAAUUUAACAACAUUCUUCCGAUCGUGUAGUUUUGUUCACUAUAAACAUAUAUAUUAUAAUUACAUUGUCAUUUUAUUGUUUGGUUCAUUUGAUAAAAAAAAUUAUAAAACAGUGACAGCUUCCCUUUAUAUUUGUAUUUAAAUUUAUUUAAGUUAUAUCAGAAGUAAAGAUACAUACUGCUCCGUAUUGAAUUUAAUUCAUAAUUCUGGUGUUGGAAAGUAAUUUUAUGUUGGCUAGGUUCCUUCUCUAUUUAAAUAUAGUAAGAUUGAUAUCCGUUUGUAUUGAAUAGUGGAGCAGAAGAGAAGGAAAACUAAUGUAACGAUUGAUACUUCUGAACUGCCCUUAAAAGUUAACAUCGAUUAUAUUUAUGAUGAUUUAUUGAAAAAGCAUAUAGUUAAUUUAAAUUCAAGCAAUAAUCAACAUUAAUACAAAAAAGAAAAGGUAAUCGUGAGCCAGUCCAAAUUUUCCUAUUAAGUUUGAGCGAAUUCUUGUAAAGCGAAAAAGGCAUAAACGAUUCUUGACAUAAUACCAAAGCCUUUAAACGCAUGUAGUACAUAAGGUCUCACUAGAGCAAAUACUGUUAUUGAUAAUGAUUAUUAUGUUUCAUUGAAAUGCCAAAAAAAAAGAAUAACAAAACUCACAGUUUUCUCAAAGUUUGUUUUAUUAAAAUCUCUUAAUGUUAACACAUUAACACAUCAAAAAUAUCUACUCUUAAUCUAAAGCAUAUCAAUAAAUGUAUAAAUAAAUGUACAUAGUAUGUUAAAUGGAAUAAACUAAGUUUCGCUUUGUAAACUUGUGAGUUCUCUGCAGCUGUCUUCAAAUUGUUUUAAUUCAAUUAAGUUCUCGAACGCGGGGUCUGUUGUCUUGUUGAUACUUUUUAUUUCUUAUUCCUUCUUUAUCUUAGCUGGUUUGUUUAUACAUAACUGCUUGUUUGAAGGAUGUACGAAUUAUGUAAAAAGUAUUUAGAAUGAAUAUUUUUAAUGCAUCAAUCAUUUACUUUGAUUUGAUUUCCUAGCCUGACUAACAUAUUGUGAUAAUAUAUGGAACUAAUCUCUUGUGCACUGACAAUUAAAAAUGAAAAAGCGAAAAGCUUGUACUAAAACAGGUUUUUUAUUUCCUAGUAAGGCAACAGGCUUUAAUAGUAAAUAUGAACGUGCGACUUACGAAUGGUUUGUAAUAAUUAAAUACCAACUAGCUCAUCAAUUUAAGAGUCACAAUAACUAUUGUAAUUAAAAGUUCUAAAAUAACACAUUUAAUUAUGCACCGCUGCCAUCGAACUCUGUGUAUGCAUUCAAAAUUAAUUUAUGCUUCCACCGCUACAAUCUAAACGGCUAAAUUAUUUUAAUAUAAGCGUUAUUUAGUUUUAGGGGAAUGUUAUGUAAAUAUUGCAGGUACUUAGGUAUUUAAUUAGAUAAGAUUGAUUUAUGGACGCCACGAAUAAUUGUACAUAUGGAUAUGAAUAAACUGACGAUUUAUAAAUA